AUGUUUUUUUGCUGAAUAAUCAGUUUUUGCGGAAGAUCAGCUGAUCUGAUGGUCACACCGCCUCGUACUCUGCUGUCUGUGUGGAGAGGUGACGGACCUUUAUUCUGAAGGAAAACGUGGAGUAAAAUCGACAUUUUACCGGAACACCUUAAGAUCCACACACUACAGUGAUGUCUGAUGGCCUAUUUAAGCUCAAUACUCAGAACUUCAGCUCUCUUUGCCCGAACGGGACAGAAUGGAUUUGGGUCGGACUGGGGGAAUGUACUCAGGACGCCAGAGAUAUGGCCAGUGUGAUUCUCGGCCUGCUGUCUAUAGUUUGCUUCAUGGUAUCUUCAAUACCGCAGUAUUACAGUUCCUGCAAGACAGGGAAUAUGGACAGUGCUCUUUCCAUCUGGUUUCUUUUAUUCUGGUUGGCGGGUGACUCUUGCAAUCUUGUUGGAUCAUUUUUGGCCGAUCAGCUACCGCUGCAGAUAUACACUGCUGUGUACUACGUCAUUGCAGACUUGCUGAUGCUGUCAAUGUACUUGUACUACAAACUAAAGAAUAAAAGAGCGAGGAGGAGAGAUGGUGCUUUACUGAAUACGGUCAGCUUGUUGUGUCUUCUGGGAAUUUCCUCAUCCAUCCUCAGCUUUUCUCACUCAGCCCAAGAUGAUAUGAUGCCCACAAUGUUCAAGGGUCGAGCGUUGCUGGCCAUAGAAGAGACAAAUAGUUCAGUGCAGCCUUUUACUACAAAGGAGAUUAUAGGCUUUACUAUUGGCUCUGUAUCAUCGGUGCUGUAUCUGUGCUCCAGACUGCCACAGAUAUUCAAAAAUUUUCAGAGGAAGUCAACAGAAGGCGUGUCGUUUUUCUUGUUUGCGCUGGUGAUUCUGGGAAACACUACAUAUGGCAUUAGUGUCCUAGUGAAGAACCCGGAGCGGGGUCAGGGAGAGACCAGUUACAUGGUGCACCACCUCCCCUGGCUCAUCGGCAGCCUGGGGACGCUCUCACUUGACCUUGUGAUAUCUCUCCAGUUUCUGAUGUACAGUAAAUCUUCACAGCCUUCCAAAGAUACAGAUGAGGAGACUGCUGCCCUCCUGCAGAACUAAAUCAUUCACUUUCAGCUGUGAAUAGUGGAGACACCUUGUUGUGAUUUUUUUUCAUGGGCAUCAAAUUUCCUGAAAUUCCCACAGCCAACAUUAUUGUACGGAAGCAAAACUUUAUUUAUAAACGUUUUAUCCAUUGGUUUUAUACAUAGUAAUGUUAACGUCUAUAGAUUUUUUGUCCAAUGUUUUUAUUUUACUAUAGUUCUUAUUUGCUUAAAAGUGUUUGGCACCAAAAGGACACAUCUUUGUAAUGUUUGUACUGUACUUUAAUAUUGUUUUUGAAAAUGCACACGAUCAUGUAUUUUAUUUUUAAUGGGAUUGAUUUCUUAAUAUGGGACUCUAUAACCAUUAGUGGGGCGGCAGAAAGGACUGUAAAAAUAAGCACCUUUACUGUAAGGAAUUGUUAAUAGGGUGCUAUCAUUUAAUGUUAUGUAAUCUAUUGUACAAAUAUUAUAAAUCUUCUUCAUGUUGAAAAUGUUUUUAAUGUAUGGAAUGUGAGAUUUUCAGAAUUACAUCUGUCAGUCAACUUCUA